CCCUCCGUGCCCCGGCGGCGCGCGUGUGUCCGGGCGCGGAGCUCGGCCAUGGGCACCCACCCGCGGGCCGCCGCGCUGUGGGGGGCGGCGCUGGCCGCGGCGGGCGGCGCGGCCCUGGCGGCCUGGGCCUGGGCCUGGGCCUGGGCCCGCCUGCGGAGCCGGGCCGCGCCGCCCGCCGCCGCCGAUCAGGGUGAAGGACGCAGCGGGCAGAUCCUGGUGCUGGGCCUGGAUGGGGCCGGGAAGAGCAGCGUUCUGCACUCCCUGGCGACCAACCGUGUCAAGCGCGGCGUGGCUCCCACCGUGGGCUUCAAUGCCGUCUGCGUCAACACCGAAGAGUCCCAGAUGGAGUUUCUGGAGAUCGGGGGCAGUGAAUCUCUGCGUUCAUACUGGAAGAUGUACUUGCCCAAAGUGCUGUUGCUAAUCUACGUCGUGGACUCGGCUGAUCAUGCCCGACUGCCUGUGGCGAAACAGCUGCUUCAUCAACUGAUCCAGAACAACUCCACCCUGCCAGUGGUGGUUCUGGCCAACAAGCAGGACCUCGAAGGUGCAUGUCGCAUCACCGACAUCCACGAUGCUCUGGCACUCUCUGAUAUUGGGGACGAGAGGAAGAUGUUCUUGAUUGGUACCCACGUGGCAGAGGAUGGCUCCGAGAUCUCCUCCAGCAUGAAGGAUGCCAAAGAGCUGAUAGCGCAGCUGUUUUUGGAAAUGCAGUGACAGCUCUUUUCCUGCAAAGUGAUAUUUAGAGCUGAGGGGGUCGAGGUGUUGCUGUGUGGUCAGUUUCCCACGUGGCAACUGAAAUGUACAGAUAUCUUUUCCUUGUGGGUGUGGAAUUCCUCUGAAAAUGAUGUCUAGUUGGUAAGAAAAUCUAAUUUAUAGUGGUUUGAAAACACAUUUGAAAAGUAGUCUAUUUUUUAGCGUAUUUAUAGGGGAAAAUUAGUCUCUUGGUCAGCAGUUAAGGGAAUAUAUAGCUUAGACGGGUUGAGCUGGCUUCUUGCCAGGUGGGAGUCAAGCACUGGCUUCAGUGGAACAAGGUUGUAUCCAGCGAAUUUAACCUGGCUGGUGUCUCAGGCUUAAGUUGAAAUGUGUUUACUUCACAGGUCUUGCAGAACCCUGUUAACAGUGGUGUUCUGUUAGAAAUGAGACCUCACUUCUUGACAGUGUCAGAAAUUUAAAGUGCUGCGACUAGCAUUUUUGACAGUGAUAACUUUUGUUGUUGCUGUAUUGGAGCCAGCUUUUAAGGGAGUGGCAAAUUCGUAAUCUCUGGAAAUUGGGUUGGUUACUGCUUCUUUAGUGGGUAAGAACAAGAAAAUGAAAGCAGUAAGACAUUAAGUGUUUCUUUGCCUACAGGGAAAAAACAAAACGGUGUAAUUUAAGGUAGCGACUGGAAGCGUUUAAGUUAAAUUGGCAGCAAAGGUGGGAGACUCCUCCAUCAGUCUGAGUGGUUUAUUUCAGCUUAGCCCAGAUUAUCCUCAAGCAAGCAGUUUUCCAGGUGAAAAACCUGUUGUUUUUCGAAAGUGAUUUCUGUUGGCUCAGCAGGUGAGGCAGAGGAGCUGCUGAGGAGCGUCACCCUCCUGGUGUCCUCAUGCUCACGCUCCAGGGGCGCGAUCGGGGAGCCAUUCUGUAAAGGACCUGCUUCGCAACCGCGUUUACUGCAUGAGGGUUUUACCAUUUUGUCCUUUGGAACAGGCUCAUAAAGCAGAAUAUUUUACCCUAA